AUGGCUCCCGCAGCCGACGCAGAUCUCUCCGUCGAGAGCAUUUCGCCUUUUGGCAAAGCCCGGUCCACCGUCAAGGACACCGUUCUCAGUGAGGCCGAAUUGAAACUCAUCGACGACUACAUGCGAGCCAGUCUCUACCUCUGCCUUGGGAUGCUUUACUUGAGGAAGAACCCAUUGUUGAAAGAACCUCUUAAAGUCGAACACCUCAAAGCACGACUCCUUGGCCAUUGGGGCUCAGACGCCGGUCAAGUGUUCGCCUAUGUCCAUUUCAACCGCCUCAUCAAGAAAUAUGACAUUGACAGUAUCUUCAUCUCUGGGCCCGGCCAUGGUGCUCCAGCGGUCAUUUCCCAGUCCUAUCUCGAGGGUGUUUACAGUGAGGUCUAUCCAGACAAGUCGGAAGAUGUCGAGGGCAUGCGUCGAUUCUUCAAACAAUUUUCAUUUCCCGGAGGCAUUGGCAGCCACGCCACUCCGGAGACCCCUGGUUCCUUACACGAAGGAGGUGAGCUGGGAUACAGUAUUUCCCACGCCUUUGGCGCCGUCUUCGAUCAUCCAGAUCUGAUUGCUUUGACCAUGGUGGGUGAUGGAGAGUCCGAGACCGGACCGUUGGCAACUAGUUGGCAUAGCACCAAGUUUCUCAACCCCAUUACCGACGGCGCCGUCUUGCCCGUACUUCAUCUGAAUGGUUACAAAAUCAACAACCCCACCAUCCUGGCCCGUGUCAGCCACAAGGAGCUCGAAGCAUUGUUCGUUGGUUACGGCUGGACGCCGUACUUUGUCGAAGGAAGUGAUCCAAUGAGCAUGCACCACGCCAUGGCGGCUACUCUGGAGAAAUGUGUGGUAGAGAUCCGCGCACACCAGAAGAAAGCACGGGAAUCUGGCAAGGCAUUCCGUCCCCUGUGGCCCAUGGUUAUUCUUCGAAGCCCCAAAGGCUGGACCGGUCCACGCACGGUCGACGGCCAUUAUCUCGAAGGCUUCUGGCGAUCCCAUCAGAUUCCUCUGCCCGAUGUGGCCUCCAGCCCCGAGCACCUGAAGGUUUUGGAAGAUUGGAUGAAGAGUUAUACGCCUGAGAAGUACUUCACGGAGGACGGGAAGUUGAUUCCCGAAUUGAAAGCAUUGGUUCCAGAGGGCAAUAGACGAAUGAGUGCCAAUCCCGUUGCCAACGGUGGGUUGCUCAAGAAGCACUUGCAUAUGCCCGACUUCCGAGACUACAAGAUUGAGGUCAAGAGAGGAGGCACCACCGAGGCACCGAGCAUGUCAAAUAUGGCCAUCUUCCUUCGUGAUAUUAUUGAGAAGAACCAGACCAACUUCCGUCUCUUUGGACCGGAUGAGACUGAAUCCAACAAGCUCGGCGCCGUCUACAAAGCUGGAAAGAAAGUAUGGAUGGGCGAAUAUUUCGACGAAGACGCUGAUGGUGGCAACUUGGCUUUCGAAGGCCGUGUCAUGGAAAUGCUCAGUGAGCAUACCGUCGAGGGUUGGCUUGAAGGUUACGUUCUUUCCGGCCGCCAUGGUUUACUCAACAGCUACGAGCCUUUCAUUCACAUCAUUGACUCGAUGGUCAACCAACACUGCAAAUGGAUCGAAAAAUGCCUCGAAGUCGAAUGGCGUUCCAAGAUUGCUUCCCUCAACAUCCUCCUGACGGCGACCGUCUGGCGUCAAGAUCACAACGGCUUCACCCAUCAGGAUCCCGGCUUCCUCGAUGUUGUGGCCAACAAGUCCCCUGAAGUGGUCCGUAUUUAUCUACCACCGGAUGGGAACUGCCUGCUGUCCUGUAUGGAUCACUGUCUUCGAAGCAGCAACUAUGUCAAUGUCAUCGUUGCUGACAAACAGAAUCACCUGCAAUACCUCGACAUGGAAGCCGCCAUCGAGCACUGCACCAAGGGAGCUGGUAUCUGGGAUUGGGCCUCAAACGACCAAGGUCAAGAGCCCGAUGUUGUGAUGGCGUCUUGUGGUGAUGUUCCAACUAUGGAGUCCCUCGCAGCCACCGCUCUGCUUCGUGAAUACAUCCCCGAGCUGAAGAUUCGCUUCGUCAAUGUGGUCGACCUGUUCAGGAUUAUCCCACACGGUGAGCAUCCACAUGGAAUGACUGACCGAGAGUUCACGGCCAUCUUCACCGACGACAAGCCGGUCAUCUUCAAUUUCCACUCUUACCCGUGGUUGAUCCACCGCCUCACCUACAGAAGAAAGGGUCAGCACAAUCUGCAUGUCCGAGGAUACAAUGAGAAAGGAAACAUUGACACGCCAUUGGAGCUGGCCAUCCGCAACCAGACCGACAGAUUCAGUCUAGCCAUAGACGCAUUGGACAGAAUGCCAGCACUCGGCAACAAGGGCGCAAGCGCCCGGGAGAAGCUGCUCAAUGAACAAAUCAAGUGUCGAAACGAAGCAUUCCAUGAGGGUAUCGAUCCCGAGGCUAUCAGAAAGUGGGUAUGGCCUUUUUAG